AUGUCGGACCUUCGGAGUAACAAUGCAUCUAGAGGCGCGACGACAUCGACUGCAGGCAGUCAGAGAGGUGUAGCGUCGACAAGGACCCCUGUUGCACGUUCUCCCAGAGACGAAGGCCCUCCCCAUCGGUCACAGACUGUUCCGAACCCUGUCCCAGCAUCGGAUUCUCGAAGACAACCAAUAUCUCAGACGAGCAUGCCUGUUCCGGGUGCCACGACCUCGCAAAGGCAAAGAACCCCUUCCAAUUCGAAAUCCAAGGCGACUUCCUCUCGUCCUGAAUUUCCUGAACCGAAGAGCUCUCUUGAUGGCACGGGCUAUAUUGUCGAACCGUACCAAUCGUCUCUGCCUAGAUCCGACUCUAGAGAAAGAGGUCCUUCGAAUCGCCUUGCCCCUCCAUCCUCUAUGCCAGCACCACAAGCCUUGUCGGACAGUACCAGGCAAAGCGUGUCCUCUUUUCAAACAGAACCAAGUUCCUAUUAUUCGGCAGAGGAUGGAGUAUCUUCUGUAGGACCUCCGAUGCCUCAAGGGCCUCAGCCAAUCAGGCAAAAUACCGAAGGCGAAUCGAAUUCCAACAAAUACGAGUCGCUUUGGCUUGCCUCUCAAAGCCAAGCGCCACCUAUGCCAACACCGGACCUAAAGCAUCCACCUAUGCCUACACCAGACCUAAAUCAUCCACCUAUGCCAACUCCAAACUUGAACCAUCCACCUAUGCCAACGCCGAACGUUGCCCCUCCCCAUAUGCCAUCGCCUCAGCACAUGCCAUCUCCACAACGUUUUGGCAACAACGAUAAUGACAGAGAUUUUGAGGAAUAUGAUGAAGACCUUGAGGGGAGCAGUGCCGGAAACGAUUUCGAAGCGCUAAAUUAUGCAUCUGAACCCGUUCUAUCUAGUGGAAAUCUAGAAAUGCACGAUUCUUCUGCUUCACCAAAGGAUCGUUAUGAUUCAUCUUGGUUGGCUGAGCCAUCUCCUGGUAUGCCUGUCGCGACCACUGGACAUCCAACAUCUACCUCUACUUCGACCAAGCCGACCACAUCUUCUUUCAGCGUUGACUCAGGCUCGAGGCCCACCCAAGGCGGUACACGGACAGAAUAUUCGAACUUGAGCCACAGUCCUUCUACUGGAUCAAAGCCAAGCGCCCCUGUGGCGGCAGUACCGGGCACUGCGCCUCUUCGAAUCCAUCACCAUCCGCGACCAGCAGCAAUUGUCAAGCCACCUACCCCUGACGCUUCCUCUGCCACCCCUGAACCAACGAAGCCGCCCUCCAACCAGCAACCCCAGAAUCAACCUCACUCUCUUUCACAACAAACAGUCCCUCCACGAGUCAACUUCCAUUCACAACAAAGUUCGGCUUCCUCCUAUAGUUCGACUUCUAGACCCACCAAUGAGCGACCCCCAGUCAGCCCGACACCUCACAAAACGGGUUCAAGCUACGAGGCACGCCCUCCUGGUGCAUCUGCGCCCAGCAUUCCAUCUGGCGCAAGUGCGACAAUCAAUCCUCAUAUUCCAGUUAAGCAGAAUACUACUACGGUCAGGCCAGGGAAGACCCAAGCCACUGUGACCCCCACUGUUUCUUCUUCCGCUACCGCAGCGCCCCCCGUUAAGCCAACGACUACCGCCGCACCUUCACACUCUUCAACUUCGACACCCUCACAGCAAAAACCUCCCCAGACGGUGUCCAUCAGUAACCCUUACAAACCUACUGUGUCGUCCAAUUUGUCACAUAAUAAAUUGAGCACACAUGUACCUCAAAGCCAAGGCCAGAAACCAUCACCAUCCACGACGACGACAACGGCUACAGCUACCGCGCGCCCACAGGUCCAUGUACAGGAGUCGACCAGACCUCCUACUGUCAGCUCGUCACAAGUCCAACACCAACCUUCGAUGUCUGCUUCAUCGGAAAGCAAACAUCAGGCCAAAGUCCAUGAGGCAGCGGCGGCCGUUGCGGCUGGCCCAACGCGCCCGCGCCUGAGUGGGAACCCGAGCCAGAUGGACACGCAGUACGUGAACAUGCUGCUCGCGCUGGACGACAUUCCCGCCCUGUACAACCUCCUUGCGGGGUUCUUUACCUGGAUCUUGUUGGCUGGUUUCAUCUUGUUCCCGGGUACCUUUACGAGCUUGCAGAGCAUCAAUAAUACGUCCGGUGUUCCGGGACAGGUGCAGCAAGAGUUGGUCAAGGCCAUUGCCCAUUUACCCCUGCCGGGAUUCCUGAAUUCGCUGGCGGGUCUGCUUUCAACCAUCGCCAGCGUUUUUGGUGUACAGGAUGGGCAGCUUGUGACAUCAAGUAAAGCUACGAUCAUCGUCACUGCUUCAUGUACGGGUGUUCUUGGGAUUUUGACCGGGUUUUACAGUCUGUGGCUGGUGCGUAGAGUCAAGGCACGUCAUGAUAGAGAGGUCGGGAAGGAGCGAGCUGGUAAAUAUGGCGAGGGUGUCGUUGAUCUAUCGAAGAGGAAGGUCAAUGGAUCGCAAGCGUAG